GUUGCGGUGGUGGUUUUUGCGUUAGUUGCGGCUUUUUUGUGUGGGUAUUUUGCUGUUUUUGUCGCGGUUGUGUUAGGGACUUUUCGGAAUUCGUGUGUCCGGGUUGGCAGUGCUGUCGAAUGGUAUCAGCUGUAAGUGUCAGAAAGGUUAUAUGUGUAUUUUUAUAAAAGUUCGAUUAAAUUCGUCGUUGUUUUUUAUGUAACAUUACAAAUUGCUUCAUGUAACGCAGGAUGUUUUCCCUCCAAAAUCAAAAUCAGGCCAUCGUCACUCUCUCUCAAAUAUCUGCAAUAAUAACCCCCCGACAGAAUGCCUAUCUGAAUAAGAAGCACCUCCGUGCGAAAGACGAGCCCCAGAUCGUGUGCAAAGAAAGUUUUCUGGAAACUUUGAAGAAUUGCGACUUUUCGUUCAUGAAGCACUUGAACCCCAAACAGCUGACAGAAAACCAUGUCUUCAACAACUUCAAAGUGUCGUACGUGUCUAGCGAGAGCUUCUUCGAAAACAAGCACGGGUUUUUGGAAAACGAGUUAAAGAAUCCGGUUCCUACGCUCAUCAUAAAGAACAGGAGAAGUAUUCACAUACCUCAGAAUUUUUAUCAGAAGCUCGUGUACGGGUUGAGGCACGAAAAUGCCUUCACUUUUGAUAUACAAGUUAGGGGAUUUAAAACCGACAGGAGCAUCAAAGCGGAGUUACAAAGAAACCCCACUCUGGGGGCUAGGAUAAAAAGCGCGUUAGGUUUAAGUGGAAGCGAGAACUUGGAAACUAAACUAGCUAAGGAUAUGUCUAUAGGGAACGAAAAGAUGAAGCAGAUUUUAUCAAACGAAGGGAAUCUGUCGGAGGCGGAGAAGCAGAGGAUUAAGGUGGCUUUCGCUGAGGGGUAUUUGCUGGCCAAUAGCCCCGGAGCGCGGACUGGCAAAGCCGCCAGAUACUUUAAAGUUUUUCAGCAAGUCUUGACAAUUGUUAUUUUUCUAGCGAUAGUUAUUAGUUUGAUGGUUAGCACUACAGGCUCCAUUUUUAGAAUUCAGUUAGGCAAUCAAGUGGAAGUUGACCCUGAGGAGAUCCACGUGACUUUUGAUGACGUUAAGGGGGCCGACGAGGCGAAACAAGAACUGAAAGAUGUGGUUGAGUUUCUGAAGAAUCCUGAGAAGUUUUCAAACCUUGGGGGGAAAUUACCGAAGGGUGUUCUUCUGGUGGGGCCACCAGGUACCGGUAAGACGUUGCUAGCGAGAGCGGUGGCCGGCGAAGCAGGAGUACCUUUCUUUCAUGCAGCUGGUCCUGAGUUUGACGAAAUUUUAGUAGGACAGGGGGCCCGCAGAGUUCGCGAUUUGUUUAAAUCAGCCAAAGAGAAGGCCCCUUGUGUGGUUUUUAUCGAUGAAAUCGAUUCGGUUGGCGCUAAGCGCACAAACAGCGUUCUGCAUCCGUACGCUAACCAGACCAUUAAUCAGCUUCUGAGUGAAAUGGACGGGUUUCAUCAAAACGAGGGGGUUAUUGUCCUGGGGGCUACGAAUCGGAGGGACGAUUUGGAUCAGGCUUUGUUGAGGCCUGGCAGGUUUGACGUGGAGGUGACAGUGCCUACGCCAGACUUUACCGGUCGCAAAGAAAUCCUGAGCCUCUACCUCGGUAAAGUUCUAGCCAAGGACGUCGACCUGGAGCUCCUGGCCCGGGGAACUACGGGUUUCACCGGCGCCGACCUCGAAAAUAUGGUUAAUCAAGCCGCCCUCAAGGCCGCCAUAGAUGGCGCUGACUGCGUGAGCAUGAAGUACCUGGAGUCCGCGAGGGACAAAGUCCUGAUGGGCCCGGAGCGAAAGUCCCGGAUUCCCGACGAGGAAGCCAACUUGAUAACGGCGUACCACGAAGGCGGGCACGCCAUCGUCGCUUUCUACACCAGAGACAGCCAUCCAUUACACAAAGUCACCAUAAUACCUAGAGGACCCAGCCUGGGCCACACCGCCUACAUUCCAGAGAAGGAGCGUUACCACGUGACCAAGUCGCAACUCUUGGCCACGAUGGACGUGAUGAUGGGUGGGCGGGCAGCCGAGGAGCUCAUUUUUGGAUCUGAGAAAAUCACGUCAGGCGCCAGCUCCGACUUGAAACAGGCCACGUCCAUAGCGACGCACAUGGUGAAGGACUGGGGCAUGUCGGAGAAGAUCGGCUUGCGGACGAUGGCGGACACUUCGAAGCCGUUCCAAGGAGACAGCUUGGGCCCGUCGACGAACGAGCUCGUGGACAACGAGAUCAGGAGGAUCCUGUCGGAGAGCUACGAUAGGGCCAAGCACAUCCUCAAGGCGCACGCCAAAGAGCACAAAGCGCUCGCCGAGGCUCUGAUGAAGUACGAAACGUUGGACGCUGAAGACAUCAAAGCCAUAAUGACGGAGAAAGGACCGCACGUAGAGAAAUCUUAAGUUUUAAGUGGAAAAGCGCAUCGUUAGACUUUUUUACUUUUAUUAACGUCUAUGCUCAGUUUAAAUCGGGUUUGUUCGCUAUAUUUAGCCAGAUUUUGUACAUAUUUGCGUAUAAUAAAGCGUAAGGAGGCCUCGGGUUACUUAAUUACGUGCGCGGUCGUCCAAAUAGAAGAUUUUAAGUAAGUAUAAUAAAAUUGUUGGAAGAAAAUGUGUAACAACAAUAAAAUAUUUUACAAGUGG